GAAUCUGUUUUGUUUGAUGAAAUUAGGGUUUUGGAUCAGAAUUUGGAUAGUCGUUUAUGUUGACUAGUCGACGAUUGCUGAGUUAGGACAUGAUUUUGAAACGUACCUUGACAUUCGAGAAUCAGAAUCUGAAGAGGUGCAAAAUUGAUUCAGAAAUUGAUUAUGGGAGCAAAAAGGGUGAGAUUAUGGUGUAUAAGAAGCGACAAAGAGCAACCGUGGAUCAACCAUGUAGUAGAGAACCCGAACUUCUUACAAGUAGCUCAAGCUCCUUGACUAGCAAAGAAUCUCAACCGUGCUCCGACCAGUCCAAGUCUUCGCGUGGCAGAGUUCGAGCGGUUCCUUCAAGGUUCAAGGACUCCAUUGUUGGUUCAUGGAAAUCUAGCCGACGGAUUCUAGUCAUGAUGACGACGUAUCUCUGGGGAAGAAGCGAAGUAGAUUGCGAUUACUGGGAUGUUAAAAUUUCCAUGUUGUCUUCCGCCGACGAUGCUAGAUCUGGUACGCCGAAAAAGUCUGACGUCACGCGUAAGGGCGUGUACAAACCAGAGGAAUUUACGGUCGGCGAUCUUGUCUGGGCCAAGUGUGGGAAAAGAUUCCCAGCAUGGCCGGCUGUGGUGAUCGAUCCGAUAUCACAAGCGCCUGAUGGGGUUUUGAAACAUUGCGUCCCAGGCGCAAUUUGUGUCAUGUUUUUUGGGUACUCGAAGAAUGGAACUCAGACGACAAGGAAUGGUGUAUCCAUUUACGGAGUUUAUGGACAAGACCAGACAAACUUGUACAAUUACAAGCCAAGUGAAUUUAAGAAGGCACUUGAUGAAGCAGUUUUAGCAGAAAAUGGGGUCGAGGGUAAUUGUGGAGAUGCUGAAAUCAGCUGCCCUGAUUCCUCUGCGACGGAAUCCGACCAGGACUAUGGACCUGCUUCUAGAAUUCAGGCACGACUAUGCAUGGGUAAGACAAGGAAUUUAUGGACAAGUAAAUUUCAGGAUCAGACAAACUUGUUCAAUUACAAGCCAAGUGAAUUUAAGAAUGCACUUGAGGAAGCUGUUUUAGCAGAAAAUGGGUUGCGGAAAUCCAAUCAGUAUUGUGGCAUUUGCAAGAGAAUGUGGCACCCUUCAGAUGAUGGAGAUUGGGUUUGUUGUGAUGGGUGUGAUGUAUGGGUACAUGCUGGGUGCGACAACAUUUCAAAUAAGCACUUUAAGGAAGUGGAGCACAACAAUUACUAUUGCCCUAAUUGUAAAGUCCAGCAUGAGCUUGCGCCAUCAAUAUUAGAAGAACAGAACUCAGUGUUCAAGUCUACAGAAAAGGCGACAGAGACUGAGCUGCGUGAUGAGGUUACUGUAGUCUGUAAUGGCAUGGAAGGAACAUAUAUCAGAAAAUUUCAUGCAAUUGAGUGCAAGUGGGGUUCAUGUGGGUCAAGGAAGCAGUCACCAAGUGAAUGGGAAAGGCAUACAGGCUGCAGAGCCAAAAAGUGUAAGAGUGAAAGACACAAUGCUACCUCUAGAAAAAUGGAAUUUAGUACCUAUACCCUAGAAACCCAGAUGUUAGAUAAGCAAAAGAUGCUCUCUUUGCUUGAAGAAAAGUAUGAGCCAGUCAGGGCUAAGUGGGCGACUGAAAGGUGUGCUGUAUGCAGAUGGGUAGUAGACUGGGAAAAGAAUAAAAUGAUCAUCUGUAACAGAUGUCAAGUGGCUGUACACCAAGAAUGCUAUGGGGUAAGCAAAUCUCAGGACCUCACUUCCUGGAUGUGCAGAGCAUGUGAAACACCAGAUAUUGAGAGAGAGUGUUGUCUCUGUCAUGUAAAAGGCGGUGCUGUAAAACCAAGCGACGUUGAGGGUUUGUGGGUUCAUGUAACAUGUACUUGGUUCCGACCGGAAGUUGGGUUUUUGAAUCAUGAAAAUAUGGAGCCUGCUAUUGGACUUUUCAAAAUUCCAGCAAAUUCAUUUCUUAAGUUGCGGAAAUCCAAUCAGUAUUGUGGCAUUUGCAAGAGAAUGUGGCACCCUUCAGAUGAUGGAGAUUGGGUUUGUUGUGAUGGGUGUGAUGUAUGGGUACAUGCUGGGUGCGACAACAUUUCAAAUAAGCACUUUAAGGAAGUGGAGCACAACAAUUACUAUUGCCCUAAUUGUAAAGUCCAGCAUGAGCUUGCGCCAUCAAUAUUAGAAGAACAGAACUCAGUGUUCAAGUCUACAGAAAAGGCGACAGAGACUGAGCUGCGUGAUGAGAAUUUAGUGCAAGUGGGGUUCAUGUGGGUCAAGGAAGAGCAGUCACCAAGUGAAUGGGAACGGCAUACAGGCUGCAGAGCCAAAAAGUGGAAAUAUAGCGUAAGAGUGAAAGACACAAUGCUACCUCUAGAAAAAUGGAUUGGAGAAUUUAGUACCUACACUAUAGAAACCCAGAUGUUAGAUAAGCAGAAGAUGCUCUCUUUGCUGGAAGAAAAGUAUGAGCCAGUCAGUGCUAAGUGGACGACUGAAAGAUGUGCUGUAUGCAGAUGGGUAGAAGACUGGGAAGAAAAUAAAAUGAUCAUCUGUAACAGAUGUCAAGUGGCUGUGCACCAAGAAUGCUAUGGGGUAAGCAAAUCUCAGGACCUCACCUCCUGGGUGUGCAGAGCAUGUGAAACACCAGAUAUUGAGAGAGACUGUUGUCUUUGUCCUGUAAAAGGCCAAGUUAAGUACACUCGUUCACAAGUGCCUACUGCGGUCUUGAAACAUUGCGUCCCGGGCGCGAUAUGUGUCAUGUUUUUUGGGUACAUGAAGAAUGGAACUCAGAGCGACUAUGCAUGGGUCAGACAAGGAAUGAUGUAUCCAUUUACGGAAUUUAUGGACAAGUUUGCACAAUUUGUAAGCAGACACAUGGUUCCUGCGUGCAUUGCUGCAAGUGUGCCACCACUUCCAUGCAAUGUGUGCGUCACGGGCAGGUUACAACAUGGAGUUGCACUGCCUGAAGAAAAAUGGUGUGCAGAGAACCUGGAAAUCAGUUUAGUGUUCUUUUUACAGAAUCAAAAUCGGCGCACCAAAGGUUCAAGACUCGUUAUGACUAAGAAGGUAAAGCUUACAGGUUCCGAAAUCCAAAGACAAGCCGAACAGAGUGGUGUAUUUGAUUUUCAAUCUGCAGCAAGAUGCCUUAUAUACAGUAGAUCAAACACAAAGAAGAUUGAUCUGGAGGCGAUAUACCACAGGCUCAAGGGACCAAGCAAUCAUUCGUUGGGUGCAAUCGAGAAUCUAAACUCUUUUAAGGCAAGUUUCUCAUUCAGAGCUCGAUUCAUAGAAGGGCUAAAACAUUUCCAGAGGACGGAAAAUUUUCGGGUCUGCUUUGGUAAACUUGGCAUACAUGGAUGGGGCAAGUAUUCAAGGAGUAAUGGUAUAUAGUUUACGUUGUACUAUGCAUGAUUUCGAUGGCCAAAUAAAUUGAAUGUGAUUGU